UUUCCUCAGUGGUUGCACGCGCUGGCUUUUCUGAAGGAGACACGAGCGGACGCGCGGGGCAGCUGGAGUGGAUUAAGGUGCCAUUACGCAUCAGGCUGCGGAGUGAACACGUAUUAUUAUUGUUAUUAUUAUUGUUAUUAUUAUUAUUAUUGUUAUUAGUAUAUUAUUGUUGUCAGUGCUGAUGUGGCUGUGAGCGUGCGGAGCGGCAGAGGAGCAGAGCGUCCUCCGGCUCUGAGUCUGAACUACCGGGACCGUCACGCAGCCACCACCGGGGAAAGUUGGAGUAAGGCGGGAGGACGGUGACGGUGAGAGAGGCAGCGUCUGGAUGUUUGGAGCGACCGGCUGACACAACCGCGGGAAAAGUCUCUCCGUCCAUGGACCGAGCUCCCCGGAUACACCGUGGAUCCUGCCUCACCGGAAUAUGCGGACCUUAACGGACUCUGUCAACACUUGUUCCGGAGCCUCCGCGCUGGUCUGAGCCGCCGAAGGGAGGGGGGGGUGGGGGUCCAGUCUCCCGUUUAGACCGUCUCCAGGGGUAUUUGCUCGCUCCACCAUGUCGGCGGCAGUUUUACCGGUUACCAGUGUAGAGAGAGAGAGAGAGAGUGAGUGAGUGAGAGACACCGAGAGAGAGAGGGAGAGAGGGACAGCCGGGGUGAACCGGACCGGAGAGCGCGGGAGACCGAGCCUGUAUUCAUGACCUGUGGGAUUACAGCAGCUGGACGCGAGAUGAUCCUGAUUAAUAUCAUCACUCUGGUGUUUGUGUUGGAUGUGUGUGUGUGUGACUCGGAGCUGGGCCCCCCCGGGUGGAGGGAACCUCUGGACUGCGUCCGAGCCUCUGAACUGUGCAACCAGAACAGCCAGUGCAGCUCGCGGUACCGGAUCAUGCGCCAGUGCCUGUCCGGGGGGGACAAGGAGCGCAGCGCCAUGCUGGCCUCCAAGGAGUGCCAGGGGGCGCUGGAGGUGCUGCAGGACUCGCCGCUGUACGACUGCCGCUGCAAGAGAGGCAUGAAGAAGGAGCUGCAGUGUCUGCAGAACUACUGGAGCAUCCACAUGGGCCUGACUGAGGGGGAAGAGUUUUAUGAGACGUCUCCGUACGAGCCGAUCCAUUUCUCAGAGGAAUACCGACACGCGUCCAUCAUCUCAGAUUCAUCUUUGUCCAAGAUGAGCCCCUGCUCUGAAGCGGGGAAACCCUGUAACCCCUGCCUGGACGCGGCGAAGGCGUGCAACCUCAACGAGACGUGUAAACGCUUACGGUCCGCCUACAACUCCAUCUGCAGCAAGGCCACGCCCCCGCAGCCCUCCCUGGCCAAUCAGGAGCCGUGCAGCCGGAAAAGGUGUCAGAAGGCGCUGCGCCAGUUUUUCGAGCGGGUACCCUGGGAGCUGAGUUACCCGCUGCUGUUCUGCUCCUGCCCCGACCAGGCGUGUGCCGAGCGCCGCCGCCGCACCAUCGUCCCCUCCUGCUCCCACCAGGAGAGGCACAAACCCAGCUGUCUGGAGCUGCGGCACAUCUGCCGCUCCGACGCGCUCUGCAGGUCUCGACUCGCUGAUUUCCACAUGAACUGCCAGAUGACGUCUCACACCGUCACCAGCUGCCCUCACGACAACUACCACGGCUGCCUGAUGUCGUACGUCGGCCUCAUCGGCUCAGACGUGACGCCCAACUACAGCGACAGCAGUCCCUCCAACAUCACCAUCAGCCUGUGGUGCACCUGCAGGGGCACUGGCAGUCAGGAGCGGGAGUGUGACGCCUUCCACCGGGACUUCACUCACAACACCUGCCUCAAAAACGCCAUCCAGUCGUUUGGUUACGGCUCAGAGGGGGGGACUCUUCUGGUGACCGAACCGUCGUCCACCUUCUUGCCCCCCGCCCAGCCGCCGAUCCUCUCCAAACCCGCCCCCUCUCUACACGGCAACGCAAUCAAACCCCUGGACGGCGCUUGUGUGUUUUCCACUUGUGCCAACCUGCAGGAUGGAGGCCAAAAGUGCAUCCCCUCUGAUGAGUACGAGUGUGAAGAGGCUCUGUUGGCCCAGGGGUCAAUAGACUCUCAGGACUCUGCGGGGGCCAAGAGCAGCAGCCGGCAAUCAGCUCCACUCCUCCACCACAUCUCUGUGACUGUGUGUGUGUCUGCGGUUCUACUCUACGUCUCAUAAAUGUGAACUCACAACUCGCACACACACACACACAUGCAUACGCCCACACACACACGCCCACACACACACACACAUAUAUACACACACUCCUAAAUGGCAAGACCCAGAGAAAGUCACGUGACUCGGCGCCCUUCACGACGGGAAAAUGUCAACCAGACGGACGGACGUCCAAACAUCAACAACAGCCUUUCAAAGGAGGGAAAGCGUUCUGGAGGACGUUCAGACGAGCCGCCUCUCUCUCUCUCUCGCUCCGCCACACACACACACAACAAAGACGAAGAAUGGAGGAAGACGGCAGCGGCGAGAGAGAGAGAGAGAGAGGGAGAGAGAGAGGGAGAGAGAGGGAGGGCGGUGAAUAAGAGGAGCAGAGACAGAGAGACUCUUGGGAUUUUGGAUCACAGACUUGGUUUCCAGCGCUCCCUGUCUGUCUGGAGGGUUUGUGUGCUUUUUGUGCCGCCCGGCUCGGACUCGCUCCCUCCAGCUUUCUUGGAUCUGAGACAGCUAGGCUGAAAAGCACAAAACCACACACACACACACACACACACACACACACACACACAUAUUCUUGGACAACAAGUCUUAAAGUCAGCAGCGUGAGAAAGAGAGAGAGAGAGAGAGAGAGGAUGGGAUUUCCAGGAUGGACAGAUGGGACAGAUCCUUCCACGGUGUUUGUCAGCUCAAUUUAUCACUCCCCUGGAUCCUCUCGUGGCAAGAAAUCUAUACGACAUACAUACAAAGCACAAACACGUUCACACACACACACACACACACACAUACACACUCACACUCACACACACACACACAUACACACUCACACACACACACACACACACACACACUCACACUGUCGCCCUCCCCUUAGACCUCGUUAGCGGGCAAACAGGGUCCCCACACAGACACAAACACUCAUGCUGUUACACCAGUGUGCUUUUUUGCGGGUCUUUCUCUUAAUUUUGUCGUCGACAUUCUGUAAAAAAACAAAACAAACAAAAAAAAAACUUCAUUUAAUGUGGAAUAUGAAAACAAUCUCAUCCAAUGGAGUCUCAGUGGAAGAGUGUUUAUUUCACAUACCGUAAAUGUAUAGUUGUGUGAGCGGGUGAGGUGUGUGUGUCUGUCUUUAUGUGGGUGUGUUUCUGCAUGGGUGAAUGUGUGUGUGUGUGUGUGUGUGUGUUUGGAAACAAAGAAACGCUGUAAAGAUCUGAGUCUUAUAAGCAACUGAAGACCACGCUGUGAAACUACUGACCGCUUCAUGUGAUAAUAUGAAUAUUUCACUUCGUCCUCUUCCUCUUCUCUGGGUUUGAUCAUUCUGUUGAAACGGGACUUUGGACUCGUACGAGGAAAAACUCCAGUAAUUACAUGUUGAAUAAAACAACACACACCGAGGAACCAGCGUGUAUGGGAUUAAGAUUUCCUGUGUUGCUAAUAUUUCCUCUUUUCCUGCAGAUUUAAUCCUUUCAUCAUAUUGAUCAUAUAGUUUCAGAUUUAACUUUAAAAUGGGAUCAGACAUCUCUCACCUUCCACUGCGUCAGCCAUGCUGCCCCCCCCCCCCCCCCUCGUCUUUCAUCUACUGUCUCUGGUUGAGGUGGAAACGUCACACAAACAAACUCAUGUCACUGUAGGGUGUAUAUACAUUAUACAUAUAUAUAUACUGUAUAUAUAUAUAUAUAUAUACACACACACAGUGUGUAUAUAUAUAUAUAUAUAUAUAUAUAUAUAUAUACACACACACAGUGUGUGUACCAGAUUGGUCUUGAUAUAAGAGGAGACUGUUUGAAACAGCAGGGUUUGUCUCACAGUCACUUUAUGUACAUAGUACAUAGUACUUUAUUUCAUAGUCAUUAGUGUAACAUGGCCUUCUACAGACAGUGGUGCAUUAUGGGUUGUUUGUGAUACGAUGCUGUUGGACCAGACAGGAAAUCAGGACAUCUUAUUUUAUUCUAAUUCAAUUGCUUAUAACAUUCAAAUAAUUACGUCUGUUGUUUUGCUUCUAUAAAUGUGUUUAACCUGUGUGAGUGUGUGUGUGUGUGUGUGUGUGUGUGUGUGUGUGUGUGUGUGUGUGUGAGUGUGUGUGCACAUGUGUGUGUGUGGGUUCUUCAGUGUGUACUACUCUGGCCACUCUGUGGGGUAUUUUUUAUGUUUCAUAGAAGGAUGUGGAACAUGAACAAAGGCCUGUUGUGCUGUGAGACCAGGUCAGAGGUCAGAGGUCAAAGUGGUCGUCACCUCCUGCCCUCCAUCAGCUGGAAGAGAGAGACUCAUCGGUGUCUGUGGUGUGGCCUUAUUUUACUUUUCUUUCUUACGUACGUGAAAGAGGGAAAAUUCUGUUCAUUGCCCCGCUAGCGGCCAGGAAAUCACAUGUGGCUCCUCCUGGUCCCCAGAGGAUGAAUCUAAUGAUUCAGCAGCACCACCAUCACAGUAAAGUUUACUUUUGAGCAACAUUUAUCAAGUGUGGAUAUUCAUGGUCCCCAGAGGAAGAAACCAAACCAAGGAAACCAAUUAUUAUAAUCAUGAUUAUUGUCUUGGAAUCCGAAUGUUUAAGUUUAUCACUGACGUCUAUCAUGCUAAAUUUCAAUUUCUCUUUCAGAAAUAUCAAACUGCCGGACUGCAAUAAAGAUUACUGACAUCAUUCCUACUGAUAUUGUUGUCUUGCUGUAAACUGAAAUAAUAUGAUUUUUCCAACCUAACUUUCCAUCAAGUAGAAACACUAAUUAAUCUUGUAGAUGAGACCUGAUAAAUCAAAAGCCAGAAAUCGAUUUUAAAUAACAAUUGUCUGUUCAAAUGAAACUGUUUCGAGAUAGAAUUUGCCUCAGAAAUAAGUGAGUUUAUGUGACAGAGAAAAGGAGGUAUCAUCAGCAAAGAGUCGCAGAAAUAUAAACAAAGACACAGUGAGCUGUUAUUUAUGUUGAUGAGAAUAACAGGGACCCAAGAAUACAUCCCUGUGGGGCACCACAAGUCCAUCCAUUUAUUAUUAUGUAGUGUUUCUGAUUAGUUAUACAUUUGAAAGUCAUAACUUAAGCAAAAUAUUAUCAUGGUCAACUGUUCUAAACACAAAUCCAUAAAUACAGUCUACCCCAGAGCACAUUCGUUAGUGCUUAAAGCAGUGAAUCACUUUUUUUCUGAAUCAUACUAGUGUUCAUACAAAAUCACAUUAAUCCUAAUCUGACCCCCAGUUGAGGAGCCACAGCUCUAGCGCCACCCUCAGGACAAAGUCGACACUUCUAAUCCCAACUACCGUUUAGACUCUAAAGAAAAGAUGAAUUAUCAUAUCAAUAGAUUCUUUCAUUCUGUCGGGUGUUAAUGAACAUUACAGCGUCUACAGGCUGCUAGUGGGGCUUUAUUCUUUCCAUCUUGUUGUGAUGAUGUGGAGGGAAAGUGAGAAACGAGAGGAUGGACGGAGGAGAGAGGUGAAAGUGAGAUUGUAAAUUUGCUGAUAUAUUUGUAAACUUUAACAGCGCUACAGCAGUGUACCUGAAAUAUGUGUCUGGAGAUCUAAAUAAAAGUAACAUCUGUAACAACA